CGCCCCAUCGUACCCGGAAGUGGAUCAGCGUUGCCAUGGCGGCGUCUCUUGGGCAGGUGCUGGCUCUGGUGCUCGUGGCCGCUCUGUGGGGUGGCACCCAGCCGCUGCUGAAGCGGGCCUCCUCCCGCCUGCAGCACGUUCAUGAGCAGACCUGGGUCCGGCAGUUGCUGCAGGAGAUGAAGACUCUCUUCCUGAAUAUUGAGUACCUGAUCCCCUUUUUCCUCAACCAGUGUGGCUCCCUUCUCUACUACUUCACCUUGGCAUCAACAGAUCUAACCCUAGCUGUGCCCCUCAGUAAUUCUCUGUCCAUCAUCUUCACACUGAUUGUCGGGAAGGUCCUUGGAGAAGAUAUUGGUGGAAAACGAACAUUUGCAGGCAUGGUGCUCACCAUGACAGGAAUUACACUUUGUAUCACAAGCUCAGUGAGCAAGACCCAGGAACAACUGUCUACCCUUUGAGUGGGCCAAUGCCACCCUCCAGUUCUGCUCUCUUCAGGAAGCCCCUUGGACCAGGACGUACAGCAAUGAACAGAUGGACCUAGCACUUCCUCCCUGUGAGCCUCAGCUUCCUCAUCUCUUAUGGAGAUAAUUGCUACCUCAUGGAACAAGAGUGAAAGGGUUUUGUAACCUUCAAGAGCUGUUCAACGUUUAGCACAAGAGACUUCACACUCAGCCUCAGCAACCUUUCGGCCCCAGCAGCUCUCUUCCCCCUGACACAUCAGGCCUGCUGUCCCUGUUACUAUGGCCUGAUAUGGACUGUCACAGCAGCAGGGUCGAGGGACUGCAGAACCCCAGCGGCAUGGAGAGGGCCUGGUCCAGUCUUUGAGCCAGGAAUGCAAACAGGAGGCCUCCAGGACUCAGUCAGAAAGCCUUAGCUGGCAGUGGGGGAAACUGAGGGGAGGAAGUUGCCUCAGAAUGGCAGAUGUAGGAGAGAUAAGCUGUCUGUUAGCCUUGCAAGUCCCACUCAUGAGGUGGGUGGAAAUCCUCAACUGUUUGCCCCUCUCAAACAGAUAAACACCUGUGAGACCCAGCACUGCCUUACGCCGGCAUUUGGUGCAAUGCCUGGCAAGUAGUAACUUGUAAUAAAUCUGUAGUAAACAGAUAGAGGUUAGUAAGUAUUCUUUUAUUGUGACACAGCCACUCCCAAGUCUGUGGUCUCUCCCAAGCUCAGCUGGCUACUCCUUUCUCUGGCCAGAGAACCCCAAGAGGAAUGGCCUCCAGGGCUAGAGCUGCUCUGCUCAGAGAGCAAAGGAAGACUGGGGAGGGUCUGAGGGGGCCGAAGCAUAGCCUAUGAGCCCGGGGAGGCACGGGUUCCUCUAGAACAGGCUGCUGGGGGCGGAGGAUAAAAUGUGGCUGCAGAGUGGUGGUCCCCACUUCCUGGCUGGGGCUGCUGGCUCUCAAGAUGGCAAAGCAGGGGCUGUGGAGAUAGCUGCUCCAGCCCCAGGCUGGUUUUCCAGGAACAGGGCCUCUUCCACUAUCUGUGCUGCCCUCUGGAGGAGGAGGAAGGCCAUAGAGAGGGGAACCAUCAGCAUCUUAUAUCCACCCUUCAGCCCUCAGCUGUUUCCCAACCCCAGGAAAGAAAGAGACCAGGCCUGUGUGACUCAGGGGCUGAGCAUUGACCCAUGCACCAGGAGGUCCCCGGUCAGGGCACAUGCCCAUACACAGGUCCAUGCACAUGCCGGAUUGCAGGCUCAAUCCCCAGUGUGGGGUGGGCAGGAGGCAGCCAAUCAA